UGGAAGUGGGUUGCGGCGUGAGCGUGAGCGUGAGAGAAGAAGCUCGUCUCCGCUAAAAUUGAUCAGUCCGUUAGAGGGUCCUCUCUAAUUGGCUCAGCGUCGACAGAGUUUCUCGAAUCCCCCCGUAACUCGCUCCUCGAUUGUUCUGGUUUUUGAGUUGCAAUGGCAAAACCAAGCAACAAAGAUGAUUUCUUGGGUGGAUUUAGGAAACUAUUGACAGAACAAUGGCAAGCCGAUGUUCAGCUCAAGGCAGGGGACAGUGAUGAGGGUGUAACUAUCUCCGCCCACAAACUUGUUCUGGCAGCAAGGUCACAGGUGUUCAAGAAGUUGCUGGAACCAGACGGGAUCAAGGCUUCAGAUAAGGUAUUAGAGACAAUCACUCUCUCUCAGAUGAAACAUGAAGAAGUUGAGGCUUUAGUUGAUUUCAUCUACAGUGUUGAUGGCUCUUUUUCUUCUGAGAGUCUCAAGAAACAUGCUCGGUCACUCUAUGUUGCAGCCGAUAAAUACGAGAUCCCUCAUAUACGGGACCUAUGCAGAACCGUGAUUAUAUCUUCUUUGAAUGCAUCAAACGCUCUUAGCACUCUUGAGCUCGCCCAAAUCCCUUUGGACAUAGCCCUCCACAGUUCUGCCUCCACUACUAUCCAAACCCAUUUAAGCGUGAUUGCUAAAUCUGAUGAGUUCAAGCUGUUUGUCGUCAACCAUCCUAAUCUUACAGUGGAGAUACUGAAGGCUUCUCUUACUCGAGUCAAUAACAGUCGAUACAACUGUUAUUAUUGUGGUCGUUCAAAUGAGCAUAGACACUAACUAUUAGUAUCUUUUAUAAGCACUGGAA